CAUGUUGAAAGCCUAACCGUCUCUUUUUGUUUGGCUGUGGUUUUAUGUUGUUUCAAAGAUGUUAUAUUACAGAGCAGAGGUAUAAAUGGAUACAAAUCUACAUUUUGUUGAAUGGGCUCCAUGUUAUCUAUCUUUAUAUCUUUAUUUCUCUCAGACAACCUGAUAUUGAUCCGUGAGAACAUGACGUGGAACGAGGCCCUGAGCUACUGCAGAGAGCACCACGUUGACCUGGUCUCCAUCACUACAGAGCUGCUUCAGUCCUGGGUGACAGAGAGGGCUGCCAGCGCCACCUCAUCCCAAGUCUGGGUGGGCCUGCGCUUCACCUGUUCAUUCCACUUCUGGUUCUGGAUCAGGUCUGAUGCAGGCUGCUACCAGAACUGGGCCCCCGGGAACGGCUCAGACAGCCAGCAGGACUGUGGGAUUGCAGGGGCUGUAGAGACCACCGGGAGGCAGCAAUGGGUUAGUCUGGAGGAGAACCAGAGGCUCAACUUUAUCUGCUACAAAUGUUCUGGGAACAGUGGUGAGGGGUUGAUACAUCUCUGAUUCGGACGACUUUUGUAUUAUGUAUGUUUCUUAUGCAACGUGAAAAGUGUACACUACCGCUCCAAAGUUUGGGGUCACUUAGAAAUGUCCUUGUUUUUGAAAGAAAGCACAUUUUUUGUCCAUUAAAAUUACAUCAAGUUGAUCAGAAAUAUAGUGUUCAUGUUGUAAAUGACUAUUGUAGCUGGAAACCCCAGAUUUUUUAUGGAAUAUCUACACAGGCGUACAGCAACCAUCACUCCUGUGUUCCAAUGGCAC